AUGGACACUGAAGACCUCGACGUCCUCAUCAUCGGCGCAGGUCCGACGGGCCUGGCCCUGGCACUUGAGUUAGCCUUGCAGCAGCGGCACAGGCAGCAGCGGCAGCGGGUCAAGUUCCGCAUCGUCGACCGCGAGCCGGAGCCCUCGCCUUACAGCCGCGCCCUGGUCGUUCAGCCACGAACCCUGGAGCUCCUGGCGCGGUACGGCUUUGACGAUUUCCUAUCGCGAAUGCUGGACAGGGGAAGGGCGGUCACGGGCAUAACCUGGAGUUUCACCCCGACGCGCGAGGCCCGGUUCCAGUUCAGCGACAUGGGGUCGGACGACACCGAGUUCCCGCUGUCGUUCAACGUUUCGCAGACAGAGACGGAGAGGUUCCUCAUGUCCAGCCUGGAAAAGGCGCUGGGCGGCGUGUCCAUGGUGGAGAGGGGGGUGGAGGCCGAGUCCGUAGUGCAGGAUGCCGAUGGGGCGACGGUCACGCUGGUGAAAAGGGGUGGCGGGGAUGACACAGGGACGAGGGAGACGGUCCGGUGCAAGUACGUUAUCGGGGCGGACGGGGCCCACAGCAUCGUCCGCAAGGCCAGCACCUCCAUCACGUUUGACGGCAAAACGUACCCUCACGAUUUCAUCAUCUGCGACGCUUACUUGUCCGACACAUAUCUACCCCUGGACCGCAUCCACAUUAACAUCCAGGGCCAUUUCGUUGGCAUCUUCCCCGUGGGCGGAGAUGUCGUCCGCAUAGCCAGCAUGCGCCAACCCGGGGCCGAGCUGACCGGAGUGCCCACCCUGGAAGAGAUCCAGCAGAUUCUGGCAAAUACGGGCCGCCGCGGGCCUGCCAUGGGCCGUCUACACGACCCGAUCUGGAUGACCAACUUCCGUAUCCACUGUCGUUGCGCGAGUCGGUACCGAGAUGGGCGGCUCUUCAUAGCUGGAGACGCAGCUCACAUCCAUUCCCCUGUGGGUGGCCAGGGUAUGAAUGCAUCGCUGCAGGAUGCCAUGAACUUGGGAUGGAAACUAUCAGCCGUCUUACGCGGAGCCGCCGACGAGUCUCUGCUGGACACGUAUGAGGAGGAGCGGCGGCCUAUCGGACUCGACCUACUACGUACGACGGACAACAUGUUCCGGUUUUUCACUAUUACGAACCGCUUUCUCAUGUGGCUGCGCGCCUUGAUCGGCCCCUGGCUCCCGCCUCUGCUGGUCGGGACCCGAGCGCGCCGCCGGCGCUUCUUCAAGUGGAUAACGAUGCUCAGCGUGUCGUAUCGCGGGAGCAGCAGCAUCGUUGCAACCGCUACCGGGUUCAAGGGCCCCGUCAUGGGCGGCGACCGCGCUCCCGACGGCAAGCUCCUCGUCUCCUCCGCCGCCGUCACCGCCGAAACGAUGACGACCAUCACCAACCUUUACCGUCUCAUUGCUGGGGUCAGGCACCAUCUCGUGCUGUUCGCCGGCGAGACUGCGACCGAAGACGACUUAGUCCAGUUUGCUGCCAAAGUUGUUGCCCGCGAGGACGAGAUACCGGUGGUCAUGAUAUUUUCGGGCGAUGGCGGCUCCCUGGUGCCAAAGAAUGCAUACCGUGACCCUGGAGCAGUCCUGCACAAGAGAUAUGGGUUGAGAUCGAAGCCGGGCUAUGUGCUGGUGCGGCCCGAUCAGUACGUUGCUCACAUUGGCUAUCUCUCAAGCGUGGAAGAGCUAGUGGCUUCCCUGGGUUGA